GGAGAUCUGAGCCACCAGAACAUCUGUAAGUUUAUCGGAGCCUGUCUGGACCCUCCUCAGCCUGUAAUCCUGACUGAAUACUGCCCAAAAGAAAGUCUGCAGGACAUUUUAAAGAAUGAAUCCAUUAAAACUACUGAAGACUGAAGCUUCAAAUGUGAAGGGUAUCGACUACCUGCACUGCAGCGCCCUGCGUUCCCACGGCUGCUUGUCCUCCUUCAGCUGUGUAGUGGACAGUCCCUCUGUCCUAAAGGUCCCUGACUUCGGGCUUAGUGCUGAGAGACACUCUGGGAGCUCAAGGGACAACUCGAGCCAGGACCACUGGACCUCGCUGUUGUGGAGGGCUCCUGAAAUCCUGAAGCUAAUGGCACUCAGAAGGGGGAUGUGUAGAGUUUUGUCAUCAUCGCACAGGAAGUGGUGUACCGCCGAGGACCCUUCUACAUCCCCAGCAGCUCUCUGGGGGCCAGAGAAGCAGUGAGAACAUCCUUGAUGACCUGCUGUCACGUCUGGAGCAGUACGCCUGUAAUCUGGAGGAGGUGGUGAGCGAGAGAACAGCUCAGCCGAUGGAGGAGAAGAAGAAGGCUGAGGGCCUCCUUGCACAGAUGUUGCCACGGUAACCUCAUCACAUCCUGUCUGUGACACAUACACACGCACAUGCUCUGAGUAAAGUAUGCUGAUGAGAUGCUUCUCCCGGGUCUCGUCACUGUACUCUCUCUCUCUCUCUCUCUCUCUCUCUCUCAGACUCCGGCUGCUGAUGGAGAAACAGCAGCAUGACCUACUGUACUCUCUCUCUCUCUCUCUCUCUCUCUCUCUCUCAGACUCCGGCUGCUGAUGGAGAAACAGCAGCAUGAUCUACUGUACUCUCUCUCUCUCUCUCUCUCUCUCUCUCUCUCUCUCUCAGACUCCGGCUGCUGAUGGAGAAACAGCAUCAUGAUCUACUGUACUCUCUCUCUCUCUCUCUCUCUAGCUCUAGCUCUGUGUCUACAGUCCAGAGGAAAGUCCAAAGCCCAUACCCUUUUCAUGCACGUUCAUGCUUUUAUAAUGUGUGCAACAUGUGGUUUUGCAUUGUCCUGUUGAAAAGACGCUUCUGCAUUAAUGCUGCAUCACAGAAGUGUACUGGCACGAGCCCAUACCAUGACAGUUCCAUAUCCUUUGUUUGGACUUGCUAAUAAGAGUCUGCAUGCUUGUUUUUGUAUUUAGUAAAGACCUCAAUGUGCCCAUUACUUCCAAAAAAAUGUAUUACUGAUUAAAAUUAAUCUAACAAAAGUUCACACUUCCACUAUGUAAUUACACAGUUGUAAGUGAUAUUUGUAAAUCUAACUAUGUAUUUAAACUUGUACCCUUACCUUUAAAUGGUUUUGUAUCAAAUCAAGAUUACAAUCACCUGUUUUUAAUGUAUUUACAAGCCUAAAAUGCAGUCAGAAAAUUGGGUUUAUGAUGCCUGCAAUGAAAUAAAAUAUUUAUUUUUCA